GAUUAUCACUUGUCUUUCAGCGCUGCAAUGCGCCCUAAUGAGGAUAUUCUCAAUGAAUUCUACGGGUUGGUGGAACUUAAUGCACAAAAACGCUACGAAGCAGUUAGCCGACUAUUUAUGAAAGUGAAGUCUGACCCAUCUGUACAAGAAUAUUGUGUUGAACGACUUGUUGCUGGACUGAGUUCAACCAGGGCAGCAGCUCGUUUUGGGUAUUCAACUGCACUUGUUCUCUUAUUGUCAGAAUAUCAUGAGCAGUGGACAAUCGAAAAGCUUUUUGAGAUAGCUGACAAGAAGCUUGAUCUUCAUGAUAAGGAUAGUAGUAGUGCAAAUGCGAUAGCUCAUCAUCUACUAGCUUGUGCCAUCUUUCAAUCAGGAGUGUUUGUUGGGUGCGACAGCGCUCUGCUGGAACGUGAGUUCCAGCUUUAUCGGUUAUGUCCUACUUUGGGAAUGACAAUUGUACAACUGGUAGCUGAGAUUGCUCUAGGAAUGGAGAAGAAAACGUUUAAAUCGAGGAUCUUACCUGCCAUAAAGAAUUAUCUCGAAACAGCACUUACCAGUUCUUCGGUGGAAUUUGUCUACUUAGCGUUAUUGUUGAAGGAUCGUUUUCCCUCUUACAUAGCAGAUUCUGUCAGUUUUGUGCAAAAAGAUGGAAGCUGCUCUUUUAGCCAGGAUGACCUUACCUUCCUGUUGCUUACAAUCAAGAAAUGUGACAGCUCGGCUGUGGAGCCUUUUCUCAACAUCCUAUUGUCUUCUGCUCGUGCAUCAGGCCAAUUCGCUCUUGUCUACAACAAUGUUGUUGGAAAGUGGUGCACGUCUGGAGAUGAAUCCAAAGUUCUGGAGCGAAUUUUUGACACAGCCAAAUUGACAUUAUCUAGUGGAGAUGCUACUUACGAUGAGAUGUUGGCUGUCUUUUCACCUCUCUUGCUCAAAAGGAUCACACAAAUUGCCCGAGGAAAGCAAAAUGCUCAGCAACGGCUAAUGCACGGGAAGGCUGUUCUUCAACUCUUUUUAUUUGCUAUCUACUGCAAUGCACAAUCUUCUCAUUAUUUACAUCUCAAAUGCAUUUCUUCUUGUCCUGAUCCAAAAUAG